UUGUUCAUUCAACAUGGAGUCCACGCAAGCUACGCUUUUUACCUUUAAAGGUUUUACAAGGGGUUUAAACGUUUUAGUUGGUUUAACUGUGGUAUUUUGCUUGUGUGCGUGUGGUCGGGCUGAAGUACGAACAGUUGUUAUUGACAAGGGAAGCGGACAGCUGGUCGUAGUUGACGGGUUCCGAGAAGAGUUCGUUGCUUGGGCAAACUUCACAGACUCGAUCACAACAACAGGGUGGUCAUUCUUGGAGAUCACCACCAGCAGUAAGUACAAUGACAGUAUCCAGGCUUAUGCUGCUGGUGCAGUGGAGGCUGCACUUACAUCUGAGCUCAUCUAUAAGCACUGGAUGAACACUUUGAUGGGUUACUGUGGGCCCUUCAUAUCUGAACCUGGUUAUUGUGAGCGCCUGAAGGCUUUCAUUUCAGCCAACCUGCUGUGGAUUCAGGAGCAAACAGAGCAACAGCCAAAUUCACCCUACUGGUAUCAGGUGCGUCUGGCGCUCCUACAGCUGAAAGGUCUGGAGGACAGCUAUUAUGACCAGCUGUCAUUUCCAACCGGGCCCUUCUCCUUCAGCCCAUUUGGCUUUCUACUUUUUCAGAUGGGUGGGGAUCUUGAGGACUUGGAAUCAGCUCUAAACAAAUCCAGCCUAACUCGACCUAUUGGUUCUGGUUCCUGCUCUGCCCUUAUUAAGCUGCUGCCCAACAAUAAGGACUUGCUGGUGUCACACGACACCUGGAACAACUACCAGGCCAUGCUGCGCAUCAUGAAGAAAUACAUCUUUGCCUUUAAAGCUUCUCCAUUAGACAAUUUUCCCCUUCCUGGAGGAACUCAGGCCUUCUCAUCUUACCCAGGAUCCAUCUUCUCUGGCGAUGACUUCUACAUCCUCAGUAGUGGUUUGGUAACUUUGGAAACAACUAUUGGCAACAGCAACCCUGCUCUUUGGAAGUUUGUUCAGCCCACAGGAACAGUCAUGGAGUGGCUGCGGAACAUUGUGGCUAAUCGACUGGCUACAACUGGCAUGGAGUGGGCAGAGAUAUUCAGCAAGUACAACAGUGGAACGUAUAACAACCAGUGGAUGAUUGUGAACUAUAACCACUUCACUCCAGGAAAAGCUGACAUUAAAGAGGAGCUCUUUGUUGUGUUGGAGCAGAUUCCGGGGCUUGUUGUUUACCGUGAUAAGACUCAAGAACUGCUGAAAAAGGGAUACUGGGCGAGUUUCAACAUACCGUACUAUGAGAGCAUAUUUAAUGCCAGUGGCUGCAAUGAGAUGGUCGAGAAGUUUGGUCCAUGGUUCUCACUGGACCAGAGUCCUCGAGCUCAGAUAUUCAGGAGAGAUCAGACACAUGUCACAGAUUUGGAUUCUAUGAUCCAGCUCAUGAGGUAUAAUAACUUUAAAGAAGAUCCAUUAUCAAGGUGUGAGGGUUGUAAUCCACCUCAGAAUGGAGAAAAUGCCAUCUCAGCCCGCUCAGACCUGAAUCCUGCAAAUGGAACAUAUCCAUUUGGUGCUCUUGCACAAAGAUCACAUGGAGGAACGGACAUGAAGAUGACUUCUUAUGAAAUGUUCAAAGAGUAUGGCAUGGUGGCAGUUAGUGGGCCAACCUGGGACCAGGUGCCGCCGUUCCAGUGGAGCACUUCCGCCUACAAAGACCUGAUGCACAUGGGUCACCCAGAUAUUUGGACUUUCAAGCCUAUCAAAGUCACCUGGACUCCUUAAUUGUUACUGUUGUGGAAUACAAAUAUUAUGAAUAUGCUCAGAUCCAGCUUUGCUUUUCAAAGACAUAACGAAGGGAAAUGAUAGACAUAAUUGCCAGUAAUGGUCAGAAAGGUGGUGCACUGUGAAAGUAUUGCAUCGUUUCAGUGUGGCAGUUUUUGCACGAUAAAUCAUAGAAUAUUGUGUUUUUUAUGUUUGGCAAAAUGAACAAGAACCAUUAAUUUUU